CUGUGUAUCGCGAGAAGACGGGCCGCUCCGGCGGUAGCGAUAACGAGCCUUGGUGGUGGUGGUGGUGGUAGUGGCGGUGGCGGCCGAGAAGGCGGCGGCCAUUUUGGUGAGGCCUCGGGAGCGGCGGCGGCGGCGGCGGGGUCGCUGGGAGUAGCGUCUCCUCUUUUUCCAACUUACUGAUCGUAUCUCCGUGGCGCGACUAGAAGCGGCGGGAGCACGGGGGUGGCUCUAGCGGCGGCCCUUAAGGGGAUUUAAAGCGGUGAAGGCGGCGACCAAGAGGGGGCCCUCCCCCCUCCUCGGCGGGAGGGGGGGUGGUGAGCACGCCCCCGAGGACGCAGGUGUGAUUUCCCUCUUUACAGCACGGCACCGUGGAAGUGCAGACUUUCACAGGGGGUGUGGUCUCUGCUCACACAGGUGCUCCAGAGGUUGGUGGACCUGAGCGGAGGCUGGGACGCCCUGGUGGGCCCCGGGCCCUGGAAGGCAGGUCCCGGUGGCUGGUGGCCCAGAAUGAGGCCAGCUCCCAGCAUGCCCUGCAGCCGGACACCAGCCCCUCGGCCUGCAGCAGUGGUGAUAAUAACCCAGUCAUUCUUCAGGCAUCCAGCAAGGAGCCUGGGAGUGGGACCAUGCAGAGCAGCCCCUCCCCUGCUCAUCCUCAGCUCCCAAUCCUACAGACACAGAUGGUGUCGGACGGCAUGACAGGCAGCAAUCCUGUGUCCCCUGCCUCAUCUAGUUCUCCAGCUUCUAGUGGGGCAGGUGGCAUCUCCCCCCAACAUAUAGCUCAAGAUUCCUCUCUGGAUGGACCUCCAGGUCCUCCAGAUGGUACCACAGUUCCUCUGGAGGGGUUCAGCUUAUCCCAGGCUGCUGACCUAAUCAACAAGGGCCCAAAGUGGGAGAAGAGCCAUGCAGAAAUCGCAGAACAAGCUAAACAUGAAGCUGAAAUUGAAACUCGAAUUGCUGAACUUCGAAAGGAGGGAUUUUGGUCGUUGAAAAGACUACCUAAAGUACCAGAGCCUCCCCGCCCUAAAGGCCACUGGGACUAUCUCUGUGAAGAAAUGCAGUGGCUUUCUGCUGACUUUGCUCAGGAGCGCCGAUGGAAGCGAGGUGUGGCCCGGAAGGUGGUACGUAUGGUAAUCCGGCACCACGAAGAGCAGCGACAAAAAGAGGAGCGAGCUCGGAGAGAAGAACAAGCCAAGCUGCGCCGAAUUGCUUCUACCAUGGCCAAGGAUGUUAGGCAGUUCUGGAGCAAUGUGGAAAAGGUGGUACAAUUCAAACAACAGUCCCGGCUUGAAGAAAAGCGUAAGAAAGCCUUGGAUCUGCACCUGGACUUCAUUGUGGGACAAACUGAGAAGUACUCGGACCUUCUGUCUCAGAGCCUUAACCAGCCACUAUCCUCCAGCAAAGCUGGCUCCUCCCCUUGUCUUGGUUCUUCAUCAGCAGCAUCCAGUCCUCCACCCCCUGUUUCUCGGCUGGAUGAUGAAGAUGGGGACUUCCAACCCCAAGAGGAAGAAGAGGAUGAUGAGGAGACCAUUGAGGUUGAAGAACAGCAGGAAGGCAAUGAUGCAGAGACUCAGAGACGUGAGAUUGAACUGCUUCGACAUGAGGGAGAACUGCCACUGGAAGAACUGCUCCGUUCCCUCCCCCCUCAGCUAUUGGGUGUACCUUCCAGCCCCUCUCAAACACCCUCAUCUCAUGACAGUGAUACCCACGACGGGCCUGAAGAAAAUGUUGAAGAAGAACCAUCUCAGGAUUUGGAGGUAAACCCUCCACCUUCCUCUGUCACACAGCACAACCAACAGCGUUGGCAUCCAGAUGAAGAUGAUGAAGAGUUUACUGCUAAUGAAGAUGAAGCAGAGGAUGAAGAAGACACCAUAGCAGCUGAGGAGCAGUUAGAAGGAGAGGUGGAUCAUGCCAUGGAACUGAGCGAGUUGGCUCGAGAAGGUGAGCUUUCUGUAGAGGAGCUACUGCAGCAGUAUGCAGGGGCCUAUGCCUAUGAUGCCUCUGCUCCAGGCUCUAGGCAUAGUGAAGAGGAAGAUGAGGGUGAAGCCAAUAGUUAUAACUGUGAGCUGGAGGAAACAAGAGAAGUUGAAGAGGCUGCUCAAGAAGAUGGUAGCAAUCAGUCUGAUUCUGCUGAAGAGCAGAGUGAGGAUGAGGAAGAUGAGCCUUCAGAGGAAGAAGAAAUGAGUGGGAGUUCACAGUCAGAAGAGUCUGAGUCUGAGGAUGCUCAGUCACAAAGUCAAGCAGAUGAAGAACAGGAAGAAGAAGAAGAAGAAGAUGAUGAUGAUGAUGAUGAUGAUGAUGAUUUUGGAGUGGAAUACUUGCUUGCUCGGGAUGAGGAAAGGAGGGAGGCAGAUGGAGGCAGUGGGCCUCCUACCCCAGGUCCCGCCACUGCCCUAGGGCCCAAGAAAGAAAUUACUGAUAUUGCUGCGGCAGCUGAAAGUCUCCAGCCUAAGGGUUAUACGUUGGCCACUACCCAGGUGAAGACACCGAUUCCACUUCUUCUGCGGGGCCAACUCCGAGAAUACCAACACAUUGGCCUUGACUGGCUGGUUACUAUGUAUGAGAAAAAGCUUAACGGCAUUCUUGCAGAUGAGAUGGGACUGGGGAAGACAAUCCAGACCAUCUCCUUGCUUGCUCACUUGGCCUGUGAAAAAGGUAACUGGGGCCCUCAUUUAAUCAUUGUUCCUACCAGCGUGAUGUUGAAUUGGGAGAUGGAAUUGAAACGUUGGUGUCCAAGCUUUAAAAUCCUCACUUACUAUGGAGCUCAGAAAGAGAGGAAGCUCAAGCGGCAGGGCUGGACCAAGCCCAAUGCUUUCCAUGUGUGUAUCACAUCUUACAAGCUGGUGCUACAGGAUCACCAGGCUUUUCGUCGUAAGAACUGGCGCUAUCUCAUUCUGGAUGAGGCUCAGAACAUCAAGAAUUUCAAGUCCCAACGGUGGCAGUCACUGCUCAACUUCAACAGCCAGAGGCGCCUGCUCCUGACAGGAACUCCCUUGCAGAAUAGCCUCAUGGAGCUGUGGUCCUUGAUGCAUUUUUUAAUGCCACAUGUCUUCCAGUCUCAUCGAGAGUUCAAGGAGUGGUUCUCUAACCCUCUAACUGGCAUGAUUGAGGGAAGCCAAGAAUAUAAUGAAGGUCUAGUCAAACGCCUUCACAAGGUUCUGCGACCCUUUUUGCUUCGCCGAGUAAAAGUGGAUGUUGAGAAGCAGAUGCCCAAAAAGUAUGAGCAUGUUAUCCGAUGCCGGCUUUCCAAGCGCCAGCGCUGUCUCUAUGAUGACUUCAUGGCACAAACCACAACUAAGGAGACACUAGCUACAGGCCAUUUCAUGAGUGUCAUCAACAUUUUGAUGCAGUUGCGGAAAGUCUGCAAUCAUCCAAAUCUGUUUGACCCUCGACCUGUUACCUCCCCUUUCAUCACCCCAGGCAUCUGCUUUAGCACCGCCUCUCUGGUGCUAAGGGCCACUGAUGUCCACCCACUCCAGCGAAUUGACAUGGGUCGGUUUGAUCUUAUUGGCUUGGAGGGUCGAGUCUCUCGAUAUGAGGCUGACACAUUUCUACCCCGCCACCGUCUUUCCCGCCGCAUUCUGUUAGAGGUAGCUACUGCUCCUGAUCCCCCACCUCGACCCAAGCCAGUCAAGAUGAAAGUCAACAGGAUGCUGCAGCCAGUUCCCAAGCAAGAAGGGCGUACAGUGGUGGUGGUGAACAGCCCACGGGCACCCCUUGGCCCUGUCCCAGUCCGCCCCCCUCCAGGCCCUGAGGUCUUAGCCCAACCCACCCUUGGUCCAGUGCCCCCAGUGCUGCCCUCGCCACUCAUGGUGUCAGCUUCGCCUGCUGGAGCCCCAGUUGUUCCUGCAUCCCGGCCGUCUGGACCUGUUCUCUUGUCUCCCUUGCAGCCAAAUACUGGUCCUCUCCCCCAGGUGUUGCCGUCCCCCAUGGGAGUCAUGAGUGGGACCUCACGGCCUCCCACACCAACCCUGUCACUGAAGCCAGCCCCACCUGCCCCAGUUCGCCUGAGCCCAGCUCCACCUCCAGGCUCCUCUAGCCUGUUGAAGCCCCUCACAGUGCCUCCAGGCUACACUUUCUCUCCUGUUGCUGCUACCACCACUUCUACCACAAUAGCAACUGUUACCACUACAGCAGUGCCAGCUCCAAAUUCUACACCACAACGCCUCAUCUUAUCUCCUGAAAUGCAGGCUCGUCUGCCCUCUGGAGAAGUGGUCAGCAUCGGGCAGUUGGCCUCCUUGGCACAACGUCCAGUGACGAGUGCUGGGGGAAGCAAACCUCUCACCUUCCAAAUCCAGGGCAACAAAUUGACUUUGACUGGUGCCCAGGUGCGCCAGCUGGCUGUAGGGCAGCCCCGCCCGCUGCAAAUGCCACCAUCCAUGGUGAACAAUACAGGCGUGGUGAAGAUUGUAGUAAGACAGGCCCCUCGGGAUGGACUGACUCCUGUUCCACCACUGGCACCAGCACCGCGGCCUUCAAGUUCUGGGCUUCCAGCUGUGUUGACAUCACGCCCUACAUUAACCCCUAGCCGUCUAACAACACCAACUCUGGGUACUACUCGUGCCCCCAUACCAACACCUACUCUAGUGAGGCCCCUCCUCAAGCUGGUCCACAGCCCUUCGCCUGAAGUCAGUGCAUCGGUGCCUGGAGCUGCUGCCAUGACCGUCUCUUCUUCUCUGCACAUGCCAUCCUCACUCCCUGGGCCAGCCUCUUCUCCGAUGACAAUUCACAAUUCCUCUCCCCUUGCUAGUCCUGUGUCCUCUACAGUCUCAGUCCCUGUGUCAUCUUCACUUCCCAUCUCUGUCCCUACCACACUUUCCACCCCAGCCUCUGCUUCGCUAACCAUUCCCAUCACAACCCCCUUGCCUGUUUCAGAUUUAGGUCCAGCUCUGUUGACCAGUGUGGCUCCAGCACUGGCUGUUGUCUCAGCAGCCUCUGGACCACCUUUGGCAUCAGCUGGGGUUCCCCCAUCAGUGUCAGCCUUGGCUCUAGGUUUGGCUGCUACUCCAGCCCUGUCCCCACCUCAGACAUCUGGUCACUCUCUGUUGUUGGCGACCACCUCUUCACAUGUUCCAGGAUUGAACUCAGCUGUGGCCCCAGCAUGUUCACCUGUCCUGGUGCCAGCUUCAGCUCUGACCAGUCCUUUCCCAGUAUCACCAAGUUCAGCUCCAGCUCAGGCUUCUCUUCUGGCUCCAGCACCUUCUACAUCUCAGGCAUUAGCCACCUCUCUGACUCCUAUGGCUGCUUCACAAACAGCAAUCCUGGGCCCUUCUCCAGCUUCUCCUCUGGCUCCACUUUCAGUCCUAGCUCCUUCACCAGGCUCUGUUCCUGUUCUGGCUCCAUCACAGACGCCAGUUCCAGCUAUAACACCACCAUCAAUGCCAGGAACCCCUUUACCUUCAUCAUCGCUGGUAUCAGCAUCAACUCCUGUGAUGGCUCCCUCAUCAACUCAAACUGUGGUAUCAACCCCAGUUUCAUCACCUCUCUCAAGUCAGACAUUGACCCUAGCCCCAGCUUUAGCCACUCUUGGUGGAUUGUCUCCGUCUCAGACACAUUCUUUGGGAACAGGGAGCCCUCAGGGGCCAUUUCCAACUCAGACAUUGUCAUUGACUCCAGCAUCAUCCCUGGUACCACCGCCAGUGCAGACACUGUCUUUAGCACCUGGAGCACCACUGGGUCCAACUCAAACACUGUCUUUGGCUUCAGCACCUUCUUUGGCUCCAAGUUCUCCAAUAGGCCCAGCUCCAGCUCACACACUGACUUUGGCUCCAGCAUCAUCGUCUGCUUCACUCCUGGUCCCAACUUCGGUGCAAACACUGACCUUGAGCCCUGCCCCUACUCCUCUGCCCACUCUGGGUGCAUCUACCACCCAGACUUUAGCACUGGCCCCAGCCUUAACACAGGCUGCAGCUUCCCAGGCGUCUUCCCUCGUCGUUUCAUCAUCUGGUGCCGCUUCCAUACCUGUCACCAUGGUAAACAGGUUAUCUGUUCCCAAGGAUGAGCCUGAGACACUGACUUUGCGAUCUGGUCCUCCCAGCCCCAUUCCCACUGCUACCUCGUUCAGUGGGCCCCGGCCUCGGCGCCAGCCCCCACCACCACCUCGUUCCCCUUUCUAUCUGGAUUCUCUGGAAGAAAAGCGGAAGCAGCAGCGAUCUGAACGCCUGGAACGGAUUUUCCAACUUAGUGAGGCUCAUGGGGCCCUGGCACCCGUGUAUGGGACUGAAGUCCUGGAUUUCUGUACCUUGCCCCAACCUGUUGCCAGCCCCAUCAGCCCUCGUUCUCCUGGCCCCAGCCACCCCAUCUUUUGGACUUAUACUGAGGCUGCCCAUCAGGCUGUACUGUUUCCCCAGCAGCGUCUAGACCAGCUGUCAGAAAUCAUUGAGAGGUUCAUCUUUGUUAUGCCUCCUGUGGAGGCACCCCCCCCUUCCCUGCAUGCCUGCCACCCACCUCCUUGGAUGGCCCCUCAUCAGGCAGCCUUCCAAGAGCAAUUGGCCAGUGAGCUCUGGCCUCGAGCCCGUCCUUUACACCGUAUUGUAUGUAAUAUGCGUACCCAGUUCCCUGACUUGAGACUCAUCCAGUAUGAUUGUGGGAAGUUGCAGACAUUAGCAGUGCUGUUGCGGCAGCUCAAGGCAGAGGGCCACCGGGUGCUCAUUUUCACCCAGAUGACCCGGAUGCUGGAUGUAUUAGAGCAGUUUCUCACCUACCAUGGUCACUUAUAUUUGCGUCUGGAUGGGUCUACUAGAGUUGAGCAGAGACAGGCCUUGAUGGAACGGUUCAAUGCAGACAAACGCAUAUUCUGCUUCAUCCUUUCAACUCGAAGUGGGGGUGUGGGUGUGAACCUGACGGGAGCAGACACUGUUGUUUUUUAUGACAGCGACUGGAAUCCCACCAUGGAUGCUCAGGCCCAGGAUCGCUGCCAUCGAAUUGGUCAGACUCGGGAUGUCCACAUCUAUAGGCUUAUCAGUGAACGAACAGUAGAGGAGAACAUUCUUAAGAAGGCAAAUCAGAAGAGAAUGUUGGGAGAUAUGGCCAUUGAGGGAGGGAACUUCACUACAGCCUAUUUUAAACAGCAGACCAUCAGAGAGCUGUUUGAUAUGCCUCUGGAAGAGCCACCUGGCUCAUCUGCAUCUUCUGUUCCUGAGGAGGAAGAGGAGGCUGUAGCCAGCAAGCAGACUCAUAUUUUGGAGCAGGCAUUGUGCCGGGCAGAAGAUGAAGAAGAUAUCCGUGCAGCCACCCAGGCCAAGGCUGAACAAGUGGCUGAGCUUGCAGAAUUUAAUGAAAAUGAUGGGUUUCCUACUGGUGAGGGAGAAGAGGCCAGUCGGCCUGGGGCUGAGGAAGAGGAGAUGUCCAGGGCUGAACAGGAAAUUGCAGCACUUGUGGAACAGCUGACUCCCAUUGAGCGCUAUGCCAUGAAGUUCCUAGAAGCAUCAUUGGAGGAAAUAAGCCGAGAGGAGCUCAAGCAGGCAGAAGAACAAGUGGAAGCUGCCCGAAAAGACCUGGAUCAAGCCAAGGAAGAAGUGUUUCGACUGCCCCAAGAAGAAGAGGAAGGACCAGGGGCUGGGGAUGAGAUGUCUUGUGGGACUAGUGGAGGCAGCCACCGGCGCAGUAAGAAAGUCAGGGCUCCUGAAAGGCUGGGGACUCGUGUCAGUGAGCGUCUUCGUGGAGCUCGGGCUGAGACUCAAGGAGCAAACCACACUCCUGUCACAUCUAGCCAUCUUACCUGCAACACCAUCAUGCCUCCCCAAUGCAGCCCUGUGAGAGAACGAAUUCCCAGGCCAGUGCCUAGGCCUCGACCUGCACCCGCCCCCGCCCCCGCCCCCGCCCCCGCCCCUGCCCCUGCUCCUGCUCCUGCCCCUGUCCCUGUCUCCGCCUCCGCCUCCACUCCCGCUAUAACUUCUGCUCUAGCCCCAGCUCCCAUACCCAUUUCAGCCCCAAAUCCAAUAACCAUUCUUCCUGUCCACAUCUUGCCUACUCCUGCACCUCUGCUUCAGCUUCCUCCAUCUUGUUCUCCUAAUUGCAUCCCUCCUGCUUGUGCCCCAAUACCCACUUGUGCCCCCUCACUAGCUCAAACCUCUCAUUUGACCUCUUCACCAGCCCUACUUGAUUCCCUUCCCAUUCCCAUCUCUCCUGGAGUUACCAACCUUCCCUUGGACUCAGGAGAUGUGGAGCUGUGUGCACAAGAGUUGGUACCUAUGGAGUCUCUAGAGCUGCCUGGAACCACCAAUUCUGAGGCUUCCCUAGUUAGUCUUGCUCCCCCAAAUGAUCUUUUGCCAGGGCCUGUUGAUAUUCUGCCUGAGUCAGAGAAGAAUCUUCUUCUAACUCCUGUACCCAGUUCAGACCUGGAGGCUGACAGCAUCCCCAAUGGUCGGGAGCAGGCGGUGCCAGGUCCUGUCGAGGGGACCAGUCCCACACUGCUACCUGGUGGUGAGGAGUUGACUACGAGUCUGAAUGAGAGCAAUGGGCUGGAGCUGCCACCCUUAGCAGCAUCUGAAGAGCCACUUCAGGAGGUUUUGGAGGUUCACAGGAACUUGGAAAAAGUGGGAGAGGUUCAGAUCCCAAUCUCUAACCCAGAAAAGCCACAAGAACUUGUUAGAGCUGAGGUUAUAGCCCCAUCAACCUCAUCUUCAGCCACCUCCUCUCCUGAGGGUCCUUCGCCUGCCCGUCCCCAACGGCGUCGCACCAGUGCUGAUGUAGAAAUCAGGGGUCAGGGGUCUGGCCGGGCAGGACAACCCCCAGGUCCCAAAGUGCUUCGAAAGCUACCAGGACGGCUGGUAACUGUAGUGGAGGAGAAAGAGCUUGUGAGACGGCGGAGACAUCGGGGAGCUGCCAGCACCCUAGUUCAAGAAGCUAGCACCAGUCCAGGAAGCCCGUCAGCCCACAGCAUAUCAGGGCCAGAAUCCUCACCUCCCAGCAGUGGGCCCUGUGAAGCUGCUCCAUCAUCCUCACUGUCCACCCCAGCCCAGCAUCCUUUCAUAGCUUGUCGUCACAUUGAACUGGGUAUGACAGGUGGGGGCAGCCCAGAGAAUGGAGAAGGAGCAGAGCUUGCCAUCACUCCACCUGCUGUGAAACGUCGGAGGGGGAGGCCCCCUAAGAAGAACAGGUCUCCAGCAGAUGCUGGGAGAGGGGUGGAUGAGACACCUUCAUCUGUCUCUAAGGGGAAGACCAAUGGCGUUGACCCAGUUCCUGGGCCUGAGGCAGUAACUGUUGCAGAGCCUGCCCUCAAGUCUCAGGUUGUUCCUGGACCCCAGCCUCUUGGACCUGAACCAGUUCACAGACCAGAGCCCAUCCUAUCACCUGUGGAGAAAAGACGACGUGGGCGUCCCCCUAAAGCAAGGGAUUUGCCUGUUCCUGGGACCAUAUCCUCUCCAGGGGAUGGCAAUUUAGAGAGCCGGACACAGCCACUCCCUUUCCCAGCCCCUCUGGCACCACUCCCACCACUCCUAGCCUGUCCCACUGCUGUCGCCAACACUGUUACCACUGUCACCAUUUCAACAUCGCCACCUAAGCGGAAGCGGGGUCGACCUCCCAAGAAUCCACCAUCACCACGGGCCAGCCAGCUCCCUGUCUUGGACACCGACAGCCCUUCUGUCCUUGAGAGUUGUGGAUCAGGGGUGCGGAGGCAACCCCUGGGCCAGGCGGAAAGUGAAGGCAGUUCCUCUGAUGAGGAUGGAAGCCGCCCUCUCACCCGCCUGGCCCGCCUACGGCUUGAAGCAGAGGGGAUGCGGGGACGAAAGAGUGAAGGGUCCACGGUGAUGGCCGUAAUUCAGGAUGACCUGGAUUUAGCAGAUAGUGGGCCAAGUGGGUUAGAACUGACACCACCUGUGGUCUCAUUAACUCCCAAAUUUCGCUCAACCCGUCUGCGUCCAGGGUCUCUAGUUCCCCCACUAGAAACUGAAAAAAUGCCUCGCAAAAGGUCAGGGGCUCCAGUCGGGAGUUCUGGGAUGGCAAAGCGGGGCCGCUUGCAGCCCCCAAGUCCCCUGGGGCCUGAGGGUUCAGUAGAGGAGUCAGAGGCAGAAGCCUCAGGUGACGAGGAGGAAGGAGAUGGAACCCCACGCCGCCGAACCGGUCCCCGCAGGCUCGUUGGGACCACCAACCAAGGGGACCAGCGUAUCCUGCGUAGUAGUGCUCCUCCCCACCUAUCUAUCCCUACUAUUAGUCACAGAGGUCGCAAGGCCAAGACGUGAGUGGGUAGGCCCUUCACCUAGGUAUUCCACCAUGGUCGCUUCCCCACGCCCAGGCCUGACUCUGUUAACCACUACUUGAAGUCUGAGGGGAAAAGCCUCCAGGGAGACAUAGGGGGCUGUCUCCCUUUCCACCAAAGUAGGGGGUAGGUAACUGGUUGUCAUGGAAGUGGGGCUUGUCACAACCCCCCUUCUACCCUACAUGGCUGGGCAGUGUUAAGGGUGGCAAGGUAGUCUCUGACCCCACCCCCUUGUACUUGAUUCCCCAGCUGUCUUUCACAGCCUCAAACCCUUAGGGAAAAGGGGGAGGGGCUUUUCUUCAAUGAGGUGGGGUGGGUUUUGUUUU